UAUAAAACACAGCCACUGUUAAUGUGCAUACAAAUGAAAAUGCUGAACUACAAACAUACGUCAUUGAUUUCCAUAAAACAAGUGCCUGGCCUCGGUUAUAUUUAUUAAAAUUCCUUCCUUACAGCAGAGAACAAAGUGUAACAAACCAUAAUGACACAAGUGCAAGCUCUAUACGAUUUCACGGGUGAGCCAGAGACUACAGAGUUGUCCAUAACUGCGGGAGAGGUGCUCACUCUGUUGAAUACUGAAAUAGGAGAAGGAUGGUGGGAAGGCAGGAAUGCAAAAGGGCAGACUGGCCUUUUUCCAGCUGCAUAUGUCAAGAAAUUAACCCCUGAAGAGUCCGUUCCCACAAAAAUGGCUCCAGCUGCCCCAAGAUACGAUCAGGCAGCUGAUGAAUGGGGCGAUCAACAUUAUAGUGCUAAUGACAACUACCAACGAGGAACAUCACAAGAUGACGGCUGGGAUGAUGACUGGGAUGAUGAUACAUAUUCCGAAAUCGGGCCUGGCCACCAGCAAAAUACAAAGCCAGCGGGUCACCAACCACUAGCUCCGUUACCAGGAAUGCCAAUAAAUGAUUAUCACCAACAUAUCGAUGAUACUGCUUCUGCAUUUUCCUCGGCUGGCACGGUCAGAAAAAAUAAAUUUGCUCCAUCUUCUAAAAUAAGUGGGGAAAGCUAUUUGCUGGGAACAUUGAAUGUGGAAGUACCGGAGGCUGAUAAAGUUCAUAUUGUACAGAGUGAGGAUAGUUUUGCCUGGACGCCUGUCACCCAGCCCUACAGUGUCACUGUAGCUUCCCCCAAAAAGGAAUCUAAGUUCAAGGGAAUCAAAAGCUUUAUUGCUUAUCAGUUGACACCCUCUUUCAACAAUAUUCAAGUUUCUCGUAGAUAUAAACACUUUGAUUGGCUUCAUGAGAGAUUGCAAGAAAAGUUCACUCUGAUACCCAUUCCCCCUCUGCCGGACAAACAGAUUUCCGGUCGAUAUGAUGAGCAAUUGAUAGAGCGCAGACGCGUACAACUCCAGGAGUUUGUGGAUUGGAUGUGCAAGCAUCCAGUGUUAUCCAAGUGUGAGGUAUGGCAGCAUUUUCUUACAUGUACUGAUGAAAAGAGAUGGAAAGCGGGCAAGAGGCAGGCUGAGAGAGACAACUUACUAGGGCUGAACUACUGUAUAUCAAUAGUUGUACCAGAGAGAGCCCUUCUACCGUCUCAGGUGGAUCAUGUAGUUGACCAAUGUCACACAUUCAUAAAUAGCAUGGAUACAUCGGUUAAGUCUGUCACUAACAUGUGUAUAACUCAAGCCAAGAAGUUUCAAGGCCCCUACAAAGUCGAUUGUCAAAAGGUCGGUGAAGCAUUUUAUAGUCUAGGCAAUUCGUUAAGUUUAGAUGAAGGUUCAGUAGUGUCCACUUCAAAAUUAACGUCGGCCAUAAAGAUGACGGGUGGUGCCUACAUCGAGAUUGGUAGAAUGUACGAGGAGCAACCCAAAUGGGACUGGGAGCCUCUCGGUGACAAGUUCCACCUCUACAAGGGCAUAGUUGGAUCCUUUCCUGAUACAUUAGCAAAUCACAAAAGUGCUAUACAGAAGAAGAAGGAGUGUGAACGAUUAGGGGCUGAAAAUAAAAUGGAAUCUGCACAACUUAACGAAGUAUUACGCAGAACAGAUGUCAUAUCCUAUGCUUUACUUGCCGAGAUUAAUCAUUUUAAGUCUCAGAGAACCGAAGAUCUAAAGGCUACAAUGCAAAAGUUUUUAAGGCAACAAAUUACAUUUUAUCAAAAAAUUGUUCACAAGUUGGAAAAUACGCUGCAACAAUACGAACAGUAAAUUUUGAAUGGGGACUGAUAGAUAUAUUUUUACACACAGUCUUUGACAAUCAACUAUUAAAUAUAGAGCUACCUAUUAUGUAAAACAUAUUAUUAAAAUGUGUAACAUGAAAAAAUAUAACAAAAUCAAAUAAUUAAUGUAAUGACUGAAAAUGUGUGCAUUAAUAAAUACACACAAUUAUUUUUGAUUUCACAUUUUUGUACAUAAUUUUUGUAGCACCUUACAAGUUUUUAUAAAUGAAUGUUUUUUACAA